GCCGGCGGGCGGUCACCGUCAGCCGACCCAGCGCCAGCAUGCUGCUCUCGACUGCCGCCGCUGUCCUGUGCGCGUGCUGGCUGACCGGCUCCGGCGCCACACAGUCGGCCAGCGACACCAGCGACCGGCUGGUGGCGGGCCUGGCCGACGUGUGUCUGCGCCGACUGACCGACGCCGUCUCGGCCCCGAUGGCCGGCCUGCGCCGGGAGGUGGCCGCGCUGCGCGAGCAGCUGGCGCCGCGCCCGCCGCCGCCGCCCGCCUGCCCGCCGUCCUGGAGCCGGCAUGGCCACAGCUGCUACCUGAUCCCGCCGCUGCCCAACUCCUGGCCGGCGGCAGAGCAUGGCUGUGCGCAGCUGGACCGGCGCGCCCGACUGGCCUCCGUGCACCCCGACAACCAGGCGUUCGUGGCGCAGCUGGUCAGCGGCGCCGGCCACCCAAUGGUCUGGAUCGGCCUGGCGCGCACCGGCGCCGCCACAUUCGGCUGGACGGACGGCAGCCCGGUGGAUUUCGCCAGCUGGGCUCCGAGCGAGCCAAACAACCCGUCCGAGCACUGCGUGCACGUGUACGGACCGCAGCACCAGUCGGUCACCGGACACUGGAAUGAUGCCUCGUGUUCGGACUCGUUUCACUUCCUGUGUCGUAUUGACCUGAAUGUGCAGUGAGCUCGCCGGUAAGCCUUUCCGGCAUGUGGUAGCUGGCUGUUUCUGAUUAUUUAGGACCCUAUAGAAGACCGAUAUUACAAGACCCCUAAGACCAAUGUUGGAGUGCUGACAAGCCACCCAGGGUGCGUAAAAACCCGCCGAAUUGUAUAUACUGAGAAUAAUUAUUACGCAUCGAGAGAAAAAAAAACGCUUUGAAACUUCCAGAUGGCGAAAUGUCAUAACCUAGUCAGUGGUCUGGGUCUGGUUCUGGUUCAUAAACUGGUUCGCUACCGCGUUUGUAUGCCUCUCUGUUAAUAAACAAGCAAAUUUGUACAA